AUGAUUUUCCGUAUUCUUGUCAUCUUUGCUCUAGUUGUUGGAGCUGGUGCUGUCACCAAAGCUGUUUGCCAAGCUUUCUGUUCUUCUGUCAAUGGUGGAGCAUCGUAUGAUUAUUGUUCACCGUGGAUUAGUUUCUCUCAACAAACCAACAAAACUUGCUAUAAACGAUGUGUUCACAAUUGUUAUAACAAAUAUGAUGGAAGUUGUAUGACUAACAGUCAUUUCAGAUGUUGUUUGGAUACAAGACCAGCCAAGAAACAGGAAUUCAAAAUCACUGGAUGCAAUAUUCUUUACAAUAAUUUGAUUGAUGAUUAUUGGAACUAA